GAGCUGUGGGCCAAUGGAUGGAGGCGCAGAUGCAGAGACGGCUUUUUAGGAACAGGCGCACAUAGAGCUGAGCGCUCAGACUCCUGCUCUAAUCUGCAACCAGCAGCAAAAUGGAGAACAAAGUGACAGAUUUCUCUGGGAAAUGGAAAAUGAAAUCUUCAGAAAACUUUGAGGAGCUUUUAAAAGCUCUAGGUGUUAACGUGUUCCUAAGGAAGAUCGCAGUUGCCGCAGCCUCCAGCCCAGCUGUGGAAAUCACCCAGCAAGGAGAAACGCUCUCUAUCAAGACGUCCACCAGCGUCCGCACCACCCACGUGUCUUUCACCGUGGGUCAGUCCUUCAACGAGGCCACAGUCGAUGGACGGCCCUGCACGAGUUUUCCAAAGUGGGAGACAGACCGAAAGAUUAGCUGUGAACAGACUUUACCAAAAGGAGACGGACCAAAGACUGCAUGGACCAGAGAACUGACCAAUGAUGGAGAGCUCAUACUGACGAUGACGGCCGGGGACGUUGUCUGCACAAGAGUUUAUGAGAGAGAAUGAGGAGACCUUUACUCAAUACUGUCAUAUAAUACUUCUUUUUUGUGCUUCAUGCAUGGUUUUCAUUUACUCAGCUUCGUUUAUUCAUUCGGUCAAAGCUUUCUCAAACAGCCAAACAAUAAAAUGAGUAAAAAAAAGGCAAUUUUUUUUAAACAUGAAAAUUUCUUCUUGUUGUAUGAUAUAAUCAUGUCACACAUUCCAUUUUUGUUCUUUAUCCUUGUACCUUUUCCUGUUAUAAAUGUUAAUA